AUGGGGCAGGGCCUCUGCUUAGAACCUGCACGGAAGGCGAGAGGAUGCCCAUCAAAAGGAGAGCCUCUGGAGUGUGGAGUUCGGGAGUUUGGAGGUGCGGCCCUGAGUGAGGCUGCCCAGGAGCUGAAGUCUGGGACCACAUGGCCAAGCUCCGGGGCACAUAGGCUGACUCUAGAAGCUCAGGAUAAGAAAGAACCAGAGCCCACUAGGAUUUCCCCUAUUAUCUCAGAAGAUGGGAAUCAUUCCAGGCACCAGAAUAGCCACACAAGGUACCAGGAAGCUGUACGGAAGGUGUUGUUAAAGACAUUCCCCAAUCAGGUCUUCAGAGUCCCCCUGACUGAUGCUCAGAACUUCAGCUUCUGGCGAUCCCACAGUCCAGCAGUGCGCCCAGAGGAAACCAUGCCAUGGAUCCGGAGUCCCUGCCACUGCCUCAUCAAAAGCCCAAUGGCCAGGUUUAUAGAUCACUCUAUUCUCAAUGACAGAAACUUCAGUCUGUAUUGA